UUGCGCUGAUCUCGCUGAAGCCCGACACAAAACCAUGGCCGCCGAGCUCGAGACGAUGAUUAGCGAGUUCUGCUCGAUCAAGAUGGGUGACUGGAUCGCCGGCAACACGACGGACGACUUCCAGUUCGUCCGGCCGACCGGCAACCCGAUCGACAAGAUUGGUUUUCCCGCCAUGAUGACCGGCGACGUCGUCGUCCAGGCCGGCGAGCUGAAGAAGAUCCACAAGCUCGAGGUGUCCGGCGACAUGGCGUUCGCGUGCCUCACGCAGUACGGCAAGUUCACCUACAAGGGCACGCCCAACGAGGACAUCUGCGUCAUGACGCUCAUCUUCAAGAAGGUCGACGGCGCCUGGAAGCUCGCCUGGGCCCAGCGCUCCUCGGGCCGCAAGCCCGACGAGCCCGCGCCGUCCUUCUGAGCACGCGUUGCGGUCGAGCCGCCGGCUCCCGCAUGGUAAAGCACAUCGUAAGUUACGCCGCG